UAAUUAUAUUAUGGCUUUAUUCCUUAGAGGAAAAUAUAUUGGUUUCUACAAAACUGGAACCUUCGAAGCAGUCAAAGAUGUGUUCAGGUUCGGAAAGUCAGCAGAAAAUAAAGUCUCCCUUGAGAUCACAAGGAAGGACCCAAAGACCAUCUUAGGAAAAUUCUUGAAACUAGAGUCUAAUAAGAUGACCUUGCACCCAUUAGACGAUUCGGAGCCAAGACAGGGUGGAAAAGUAACUGUUAAUAGACUUCAUUUCGACGUUCGUACAUUGACCUUCAAGAGCCAGACUCUCUACGGAAUCUAUGGUGAUGACUUCGUUCAAUUUGCCGAAUUCAAUGGCAGCUCUAGCCCUCUUGAUGACGAGGAGAGACUUCUCAAAAUCACUGAAAGCAUUGAUGACUCUGAUGAUAUAAUUACAAAGUCUACCUUCAGGUUUGAAAAUGAUACUCUAAGUUACGCACAUGAAGUUAAUGAAAAAUUUGUUGACCCAGAACUAGUGAGUGAAGUGGCCGAAAAUCAAUUGAUCUUCUCCCCAGAGACUACAUGGGGCGAGAGGUUGUUCUACGGAGUUGGAAAUCAAAAUAUGUAAAAUGAGCAAUAAUCAAUACUUUAAUGUUUUUAAG